AUGGCUUCUCCAACAGCUUCAGAUAUGCCUUGGUUUCUCAAAUCAUCAUGCCCUGUUCUUUUCCCUUUCGAGGAAGUUGUGAGAAAACCCCAGGCCGAGUUUGAGGACUAUCUUCGUCAUGAGAUCGCUGGCCGCCAUCAUGAUACCUCAAAAGUCGAAGGUGGUGAUGCAGACCAGGCCAUGACCGAUGCUGAUAAGUCUGAGACCUUCACACUCGUCUCCGACUCGACCUCGGGUGAGAUCCGACAAGGACUAGAAGCUAUCGAUGUUUCCGACCAUACAACACAAGAGUCGAAAACAGAGGACGCCAAACCCGCCGAGUCACAUCCCUUCAUGGAAGGCCUGAUCAACUACGGAAAGGAGGAAUCAUCAAGAAAUCUAGAGAACAUGAUGUGUACAGAGAAUGGCGACCUGGCGUACCGAUCUAGCGAAGAUGCUCUCGUUGAUCUUUUCCAAGAACUCGAGGACGUCGUGUCUGGCCCUCGUCUGCUUGAACUUCUUUCCGCAGCUUGGAAAGAAAAUCCCAUCGCCACUCUCAGAAUCAUCUUCAAUGCCCGCUCUAUCCACCUUGGAAAGAGUUCGCGAACAACCUUCUACCGUUGUGCUGGCUGGCUAGCACAAUAUCACCCCUUGACCCUAGUUGCCAACCUUCCCUGGCUAACUCGUCCAAUCAUCGAAAAGAAGGUCGAAAAGAAGGAAGACGAAGACAUCGUGAUCGUCGACAACGGGAAUGAAGAUGAGUUUACCAAGUACAACGUGAAGAAUGGAGUUGCACAUGGAUACUGGAAGGACCUUCUGAAUCUUCUUGCUCUUGCAGCUAACGACAAGCUUACCGUUCUUGACAAUCCUAAGGAUGUGUUGAACAGUGAGAAUCCCGGGAUUAUCCGGGGUAAGAGCAUUCUGAAGCUAGGUGGUCGCGGAGGUCGCAGAUCCAGGGGUACCGCUCGUGCAAACGCUCGUGGCCAUGGCCGCGGUAUCGGACGUGGACGAGGCUCUCAUAUCGUGGAUACAAGAACCGAAAAGGAUAGCGACGAUGAAAACCCCGAAAAGAAGAUUCGGCUUGAUCCAAAGGAGUUCAGACGAGAGUCGAGAGCCAACCGACACGAGACUGCAGUGACCAUUUUCAAGAAUGACCCAGUAUAUCGUGCUUUGCACUUGAGCAUUGCCCGCUUGUUUGCGGAACAGUUGAAAAGAGAUGUCCAAGUUCUUCGAGGAGACGACAAACAAGCAAGGCGCUCAAUCUCACUAUGCGGCAAAUGGGCUCCCUCUCAUGAUCAUUUUCACGACAGACAUACAUUCAUCAUCAGUACUAUUGCAGAGAUCCUGUACCCAAGGGAAUCAAUCGACAACGAAAAGUUAAAACCAACCGAUGACCGAGAGACCUACCUGCGAUUUGCUCGUGAAGAGUACCGAAAGGAUACAUCUGCCCUCCGAAAACACCUUGAGAUUGUUGAAAGAGAAAUCACAGAUAAGAAGUACGAGAACAUCAAAUACGACCGAGUACCGUCUCUCGCCAUGAACCAGUAUUCCAAGUUGUUCAUCGAGAACGACAUCGACCGAUUUGGCGAGUACCUUGAUAGGGUUGCUGAAGGAAAGGCAAAUAUUUCUGGAGCCACUCUGUUGCCGUCCACCUUGAUUCAGAAAGUGCGAACUGGUGCGUCUGGGCAUGCGGCAGAUGGAAACCAGCUUCUCAAGCAGAAGAUUGCUGAAAUUGAGUCCAAGGUUGUCGAUGGCCAGUGGAAUACCCUUGUUCAGCGUAUCAAGGACUCUGGCACUAUGGACUCGAGCAUCGCGGUAUGUGAUGUGUCUGGGAGCAUGGGUUCCCCUGUGUUUUCAGAUAAAACUGCACCCAUUGACUCCGCGGUUGGUCUGUCUCUGCUGCUCGCCGAGGUAUCUAAACCACCUUUCGGCGGUACUUUUAUUACCUUCAGCGAGAAACCCGCUGUUGUAAAAAUUGACCUGUCGAAGACCUUGAAAGAAAAGGUUGAGGCCAUGGACAGCUCUGACUGGGGUAUGAGCACCAACUUCGUCUCUGUCUUCGAAGACUUGAUUCUCCCUAUGGCUAUCAAAAACAACCUGAAGCAAGAGGACAUGGUAAAACGUGUCUUUGUCUUCAGUGACAUGCAGUUCAACGAAGCAAGUGACCCGGAUCCGUGGUCUUCAGAUUCUUCCGCCGGUGGGACAAUACCGCAAUGGAACACAUCUUUCGAACGCGUCAAGUCUAGAUUCAAGCAAGCAGGAUACGAAAUUCCGGAAUUGGUCUUCUGGAACCUCGCAGGUGGGAGGGCAGGCUAUGUAGGUGGUGAUCGGGGUGAUGGAGAUCCAAUCGCGCCUAAGCCUGUGAAGUCUGAUGAGGAAGGAACAUGUCUCGUCAGUGGUUACUCCCAGGGUAUGCUCAAGGUAUUCCUCGAUGGGGGUUCCUUUGAAGGGGAGGAGGAUGAGGAGGAUGAGGUUGUUGUUGAGAAGGAUGAAGAGGGCAACGUCACAGAGAAGAAGAAGAAGGUGAAGAUGACGCCUCUUAAGAUUGUGCAGAAGGCGAUUAGCCACAAGGCAUAUGAAAUGUUGAGAGUGGUUGAUUAA